AUGGACCUUUAUCAUAAUUUUGAUGCGAAUAUGUUGCAGUUGGAUGAAGAUGAUUUCAAGUUUAGUAGGUCAUUUAAAGCGCAUUCAUCGGAUGUGAAAAGUUUAGUAGUUAGCGAUUUAGGUUUACUCGUAUCUGGUGGACGUGAUUCGAACGUUGUGAUUACGGAUCGAUCUGAUUGUAAAGAAAUCGUGAAAUAUGCUACAAAAGAUAUUCAAAUGGUGAAUGCCGUAGCAUUUUAUCGAUCUCCAACUAGCGGUUGGGUUGUAUUUGCGGGAAAAAGAGAUGGAACGAUAGAUCUCUUUGCUAGUGGUAAUUUAUGUCCUGUAAAUACGUAUAGCGAGCACGAUUUGAAUGUUUGUAAAUUGCACAUCGAUCAUCUUGACUGCAAGAUGUAUAGCGCAUCCUGGGAUAAUACAGCAAUAAUAUGGUCUUUGGAGAAUUUCAAACAUUCUGUUCGACCAUCGAUUAUUCGGCUCUGUGGUCACACAAUGUCUGUUUGGGCAGUUAUUCCUCUUCCUGGCACCAAUAUUUGCAUAACUGGGUCGGCUGAUAUGACUAUUAAAUUAUGGAAAGGUGGUAAUGUAACGAAGACAUUUACUGGACAUGAAGAUGUUGUUAGAGAUUUGAUUGCUAUAUCAAGCACUCGAUUUCUUUCAUGUUCAAACGAUUCUACUAUACGUUUAUGGGAUAUUAGCUCUGAAAUAUGUCUUCAGAAAUUCCAGUCACAUGGUGGAGAAUUUAUUUACACAAUGAUUAAGUUUUCGUUAAAGAAUGACUUGUUUUUGGUCAGUGGUGGUGAAGGUGGAAUAUUGGAAUUUUGGAAUGUUCAAGCAGAUGGUGAGAUAAAUCAUAAACAGUUACUUCAAACACCGGUGCAAAGCAUUUGGACCAUUGCUUUCACACCGGAUGGCGACAUAAAUAUUGGCGCUGAUGAUGGAAAUAUUUAUGUAUUCACGAGAUGUUCAAAAAGGAAAGCAAAUGAAGAGAAACAAAAACAGUUCGAUAGUGGAGUGGCAAUAAGAAAGGAAUUUUUACGAGAACAAGCGCUUGCUCGAGAAAGAAAUGUUGUAACAAUAAAAGUUGCUUUGGAUGAUGGCCAACCAAAUAUGGAAUUAAAAUAUACGAAGGGAUCUGAUCCAGUAAAAGCUGCUGAAAUUUUUAUACAGGAGAAUAGUUUGCCUGUGAGUUAUUUGGAUGAAAUUGUUGAAUACAUUAAAACAAAUAUUCCUGAAGCUCGCGCGUUCACAGAACAACAAAGUCAUCGACCAAAACCAUCGGAACGGAUAUCCUUGAACGGCAGACAAUGGGAUUACGUGUUGGAUGUGACGACUGAUGAUGGUCGCCAGUUGAAAUUGCCUUAUAAUAUUGAUGAAGAUACUAAUUGGGCAGCGCAAAGAUUUGUUUUCGAGAAUAACCUACCGAUUAGCUUCUUAUCGGAAGUAGCUGCAUUGCUUGAAACACAGGUUCAGUCUUCCUUAUCAUCCUGCAAAAGUUCUUCCUUUACUGAUCCACUUACAGGAGAAGGGCGGUACAUACCACCAGCGCAUUCUAUUAAUAGCAAUGGGAAUAUCGCUGAUCCUUCAACUGAUAAGACUUCUACUCUGGAUCCAUUAACAGGCACUGGAGCUUAUACAACCGGAGCAGCAUGCAGUUCCGCUUUUGUGCCUACAUCGUGCUUGCCCAUAGAUAGAAAACGGCCAAGAAGUAUUUUAGUUCCAUUAAAAAAUUUUAUUACCUUCGGCUUUGAACAAAAAUCGGAAAAAGCCAUCGUUAAGUUACGGGAGUACAAUAACACCCAAUCGACGUAUCGAUUAACAGAUGAACAGCUCCACGCACUCGAGGAUUUGAUGUCAAAAUCAGAUUGUGUAUUCAGUGAUAUUCAUAUAGCAGCACUAACUAUUGGAUUGUUGUGGGAUGUUGAUACAAUUCUACCGAUAUUAGAUGUGUUUCGUAUUGCUAUAUUGAAUUCAGAUAUAAAUAAAUUCUUUUGUUUAAUGAAACCUGAAGCGAAUUCUAUUCGAGGACGCGAAACAUUGCUGAAGCUUAUGGCAUAUUUGGUUAGUGCAACGACUGAUCCAGUGAAAAUUUUGGCAUGUAGAGCAUUAGCGAACAGUGCGGUACACGAGUGGGGACGUGAUAUGCUCACUCAUGAUAUUAUAAAUAGUGUUUUGACACUUAUUUCCAUCAUACAGAAUGUCAAGGGUAGUAAAAAUCUUCAGAUAGCGGCUAUUUCUGUUAUUGCCAAUCUUGCACUCAUUUUACUACAAGCAACUGAAUCUGGACUUACAGAAUUGGGCCCAAGAGAAGAUGCUCUACGUUCGAUCAUCCAAGGUAUAGAAAAAAUCGAAGGCUAUGGACAUAUAUGUGAAACAGCUCAAAUACGUUUAUUGCAAGCAGUCGUCACGCUAAUGUGGGGUGAUACAACUGUUAUAAAGCUGGCGAAAUCACGCGGUUUAAAUGUGAUUGUCGAACGAAUCAAGGAUUCGAUUGCGGAUGAAUCAGGCAAAGAAAUCUCUCGUGAUAUUAUUGAAAUGCUGCACACAGUUUGA